AUGGGUUAUUCUGAUACUCAGAAAGGCUACUUAUUAUAUGAUCAUACUAAUAAAGUGUUUUUUGUUAAUAGGGAUGUAAAUUUUAGAGAAGAUGUAUUCCCUUUUAAAGUCCUGGUGCAUGACUCCCAACAUUCAACUGCUACCAAACUCAAUGAGACUUUAGUCAACUGGUCAAACAUAGAGGUGCAAAACAUACAAAUCUCUCAGGAUUCAGCACCAAAUGAGAACACUAAUGAUCACAUAAUGCAAGAGCAGGUGCCACAGGAUAAUCAGAUUCAAACUCCAAACACAUCUCAACCACAGGCUGAAAAUCAGGAACAAGCUGUGAUCAGAAGGACCAACAGAAACAAAAAAACUCCACUAUGGAUCAAGGACUUUAUUUCUCUAAACAUUCAUCAGAAAGAACCUUAUGCUAUAGGGAAAUAUUUGACCUAUGAUGCAUUGUCUCCAAAGUACCAGGCAUAUAUUGCAAAGUCAUCUACAACUACAGAACUAGCUACUUACAGUGAAGUUAAGAAAGAUGCAAGAUGGAUAGCAGCAAUGAAGAAGGAGAUUACAACACUAGAAAAAAACAAAACUUGGGAGAUCACUAGCUUACCUGAAGGUAGACUACAGCAAACCUUUAAAUUGAAAGACCUGAGUGAACUCAAAUUCUUCUUAAGGAUUGAAUUUGCAAGAUUAAAGGAAGGUGUUCUGAUGCAUCAGAGAAAAUAUGCAUUAGAACUUGUGUCUGAGCUGGGACUUGGAGCUAUGAAACCUUUCACUACACCUAUUGAUACAAACAUCAAACUGACUACUAAAGAAUAUGUUGAUCAUGUCCAUAAAAGAGAGCAUGUAAUCGAUGAUCCACCAGCUUAUCAGAGACUCAUAGGAAAAUUAUUGUAUCUUACAAUGACCAGGCCUGAUAUUGCCUACAGUGUCCAAACUCUUAGUCAGUUUCUACAGCAACCAAAAAAGUCUCACAUGGAUGUAGUUAUCAGAAUAGUUAAGCACAUCAAAAUGAAACUUGGACAAGGAGUGCUAAUGUACUUUGUGAAGUUUGGAGAAUCUAUUCUCUCCUGGAAAUCUAAGAAGCAGAACACUAUUUCUAGGAGCUUAGCUGAAGCAGAAUGCAGAAGCUUUGCUGCAACUGUGGCUGAACUUGUCUUGUUACUUGGACUAUUGAAGGAGAUUGGGAUUAACACUACAUAA